CCACCUUUUGUGUUUCCCGCACCGUCAAUCAAAAUAGAAAAAAAAUCGACUCGAAUCACCGAUCGCAGCCCGCCUUUGAUUAAAAUAAUCAUGUUUGGCGUUUAAAUAAAUCGAGAAUCUCACGAUUUAAACCAUUUACGCUAUGACUGGUACGUAACAUUUAAACUGAUUCAAGCACACCAUCACCGCCCCUGAAAAGCCAGUGAAACAAGAGGAAAUGGCUGCCUUAGACGUGGACAGCAGUCAGAGCGACUAUCUGCAGCACGGCGGCGGCGGAGGAAACCAGGACACUCAGCCGUCACCGCUCGCUCUGCUAGCAGCUACCUGCAGCAAGAUCGGGUCGCCAUCGCCAGAGGAGGAUGGCUGUGCUGUCGCUGGCGUGCCUGCAGAUCUCACUUCCAUACAGUUAACAGGGACAGCUAAUAGAUGGGAAGUCUUGGCACCUACAGCAACGAUAAAGGAGGAACCAGGCUUAGUCCAGAUUCCGAAUACAGGGAUAGUAACAUCAAAUGGACAGUAUGUUCUUCCAAUUCAGAAUCUGCAAAACCAACAGAUUUUUGUAACUUCAGGAACAGACACCUCUGCCAGCGCAGUGCCUAAUAUACAGUACCAGGUGAUUCCACAGAUUCAGACUGCAGAUGGCCAGCAGGUACAGCUGGGCUUUUCAACUUCUGCGGUAGAUGGGGCAACUCUGGGCCAGGAUGCCACAGGGCAGAUCCAGAUCAUGCCUGAUGGGAAUCAAAGCAUAACCGUUGCCGGGACAUCUUCUGCAGACAUCCUUACUAACAGCCAGAACCUCAUAUCGCAGGCUGGGCACGUUCAUCAUCCUGGUGGGCCUGUCCAGAUUCAAGGAGUUUCUCUCGGCAGCUCCACAUAUAACAGCCAGGGUCAGGUUGUUACUAAUGUGCCUGUGGGGUUGCCUGGAAAUAUUACUUUUGUACCGAUCAACAGUGUUGAUCUGGACUCCCUAGGGCUUUCAGGUGCUGCUCAGGCCAUAGCUACAGGGGUGACCUCUGACGGCCAGUUGAUCAUGACUGGCCAAGCUAUGGACAACUCGGACAGCUCCGAAAAGACUGGUGAGCACCUUUCCCAAACACUAUCUGCAAACAAUUCCAACACUAACCAAGACAUGUACGUGCCAACCACCUCCUCUUCCCAGCUGCACGAAACGAUAGACGGUACAGGUGUGCUUCAUCAAGCUACGUCCUCCUCCUCGGCCAGCGAGCAGGUGGAUCCCUCCAGCCUUCAGGAAAACUACAUCCAGACGGCUCUGUCGGACCAGAACCAGGUGCAGAAUAUCCAGGUCUCCACGGCGCAGCCCAUCAUCCAGCUGCAGCAGGUCCAGGCGCAGAGCACCAGUGAAGCCCAGGUCAUCCAGGGACUCUCCCAGCAGCAGGUUCAGGCCACAGGGCAGACCAUCUCUCCUCAAGCCCUGCAGAACUUGCAGCUGCUCAAUCCAGGGACUUUUUUGAUACAGGCCCAGACGGUGACCCCCUCUGGGCAGAUCCAGUGGCAGACUUUCCAGGUGCAGGGAGUUCAGAACUUGCAGAACCUCCAGCUGCCCAACGCACCUGCCCAGCAGAUCACCCUGGCCCCUGUGCAGACCCUCUCUCUGGGGCAGGGAGGGACCCUGGGGUCCACACCUGUUAGCAUCAGUACCAGCCAGAUCCCCAACCUGCAGACAGUGACCGUCAACUCUAUAACCUCGCCCGGAAUACAGUUCCAGCAGCCAGAGGACACCAGCAGUCCUGCAGAUAUCCAGAUCAAGGAGGAGCCAGACUCGGAGGAGUGGCAGCUGGGCAGCGACUCCACCCUGAACACCAGCGACCUGUCUCACUUGCGGGUCCGGCUGGUGGAUGAGGAGACGGACCAGCAGAACCAGGAGGGCAAGCGGCUCAGGCGGGUCGCCUGCACCUGCCCCAACUGCAAGGAGGCGGGCGGGAGAGGUUCUAGUUUGGGGAAAAAGAAGCAGCACAUCUGCCACAUUCCUGGCUGUGGAAAGGUUUAUGGGAAGACGUCGCACCUGAGAGCCCAUCUGCGCUGGCAUUCCGGCGAGAGGCCCUUUGUGUGUACUUGGAUGUUCUGCGGGAAAAGGUUCACGCGCAGCGACGAAUUACAGCGGCACAGAAGGACGCACACAGGUGAGAAGAAGUUUGUCUGCCCGGAAUGUUCCAAGCGUUUUAUGCGAAGCGAUCACCUUGCCAAGCAUAUUAAAACUCACCAGAACAAAAAAGGCAUUAACUCAAGCAGUACAAUGAUGGCAGCGGUGGAAACAACAUCGUCGUCCGAUAACAUUAUUACAGCAGGAGGGACAACCCUUAUCCUAACCAACAUUCAACAGGGGUCCGUACAGAGCAUUGGAACGGUGAACUCGACAAACGCCAGUGCUCAAGAGAUUCUCUCCAACUCUGAAAUUCCUUUACAGCUGGUCACGGUAUCUGCCAGCGAGGUGAUGGAGUAACCACACUCACAAACUGAACUUAUUUGGUCGUGUUUUUUUUUUUCAUUUUUAUAUAUAUAUAUUAUAUUUUAAAGAAAUAUCAGUUUAUGUUCAUUAGCAGUCUUUUUACUGAUGGGGCAAAAAAUGAAAUUAAUGUGGUUACAAUACACACACUGAAAUGCCUUAUUUUGUAUCAUACUCUGUAGUAUAAUGGUGGAGUUGCAUGUGGUUUUAGCUACUGUUCAUUGUGUAAUAGAUCUGAAAAAAAAGUUUCUGUAAUAUGAAAAGAAUGGUACAGAUGAGAAUUAAGAGUAUGGGAGCUUUGUUAACCUAAAUAUAUAUUAAAUGGGAAAUUGUGGAUGUGAAUACUUUAAAGGCGGGUAAUUAAGGAAGAGUUCUGCCUCCAAUUCCAGAAUCAAGUCCACUCACUCAUCAUACGUCUAGGCACAGUGUCCACCAGGAGCAGUCCAGGUGUGUCACAGCUUCUUCUAAAAUGUCGUUUCUGAAAUUGUGUCAUUUUAAACGGACUCAAAAAGUGGAGUCUGCCUGAACUGUCAGCAUUUGGAGUUUCACCACCUUUUGUUUUUGUUUCGCCUUUGAGGUAUUUUGCAGAGAGCAAAAGAAAACAAUCGUGUAAUUAAAAUUUUGUAUUUUUUCCCUCCUUGUACGUCCGUUGAUCUGAUGUUUAAUAUGCAUAACUUGCAAAUUGUUUUUUGAGCGAAAGCUAUUUAUAGUAGGCUUUACUUAGUAAACCGGUUUUGUUGUAUCGAAACCUCGUUAUUUUAAUUACUUUUUAAAUAUGUAUAAUAUUCAAAUGUGUUACUUUUGUAAAACUUCAUUUUCAAAUGGAACUCAAUUAAAGUCUGAAUCCUUUCUAUAAAAAAGCCAUGUUAAAAGGUUGAUUUGCCAAAUUUUAUUUUCCUAACAACUUGCAAUAAUAUUGGAUGGAAAAAGUAGCACAACCACAUUUCAUUGAUAUGUGUUGAUUAUUGUAGACAAUAUAGAUUUAUCAUGUGACGAUGGACCAAAAGAAGAAGAAAAUUAUGCAGCCACUAUUUCUUACAUGCUGUGUCAAAAUAAUGUAUAUGUCAGGGUCUUAAAAUUACUUUUUGCUAAAUUUCUUGUGAACCCCCCUCCCAUCUCCAUCUUCCCACUGCUGGGUGAUAGGAGCUGGUCUCAUUUGUGACCACACUCCUAUAAUUUCAGGUAAAAACACAGAGAUCUAAAUCAUUCAAGAUAGUCUCGAGAGAAAACCUUCUGCUAGUACUGUACGUUUAAGUACUGUACAUUUUCUAAUCGACUGCAGUUUAAUUUCUUUUUUUGUAUGAGCAUUGUCUUGGUUUUUUUUUUAUACUGCCCUGGAAAGUGUGUAGGCUAUGCACUCUCUUCUUGCUCUGUUCAAAUAUGUACCUGUCUUUUUUUUCUCUCAAAAUAUUCCUAUAUCAUUUUUAUAUAUAGCAAUGUUUCUGACUUUCAUUAUGCAGGUUGUGUAAUGUGAGAUUAAAGUAGAUGGAAAAUGAGUGCUAUAGUCUUGUCACUGGAGGUAAUUAAUCCAGUGACUAGAAUUUCAAUAGAUUAACUUGUAUAAAGAAAUAUUGACAAUAUUUUAAAAUAUUGUACUUGUUAAGGCCACCUGAAAUUCAGAAUCUACCUUGAUGUAUUUGAAAUAUAUUAUACCCAAGUGGUCACUAAUAAAACACUAUUUUGACUUUUCAUUUGA